AUGAUUCCACCCUGUGAUCCGGCAAUCUUAGAGAGCAAUCCCCAAUUCAAACGACUUCACCAGCAUCUAACGACAACAUUACUUCAUCCAGAUGGAUCGACCCGCACCAACGAUACGCAACCGGCUCGGAAAGCAGCCCUCGAAGUGCGUAGGCUUGAGAAGAACCCCCCCGAUCUGGCAGGAUUUGAAACCAAACUUAAUAAACGAUGCACGUCUGAUAGCAUUCUACUUGAACAGGAGCUGAAGAACUGUCGCAUUCGCCAUGCAAAGAAAGAAAUCAAGAAGCAGACCCUCCGCAAGCUAGCUUUCGACCCCGACAGCGGAGUCUCAGAUGAGGAUCGAGACCCCGUGGCCAUCGUAUCCCUCUACCUAGACUCCUCCCCCCGACACCUAGACAUCGAAACCGACCCAGGCGACACAGCAACCGCGCUGACGCUACUCGCCCCGGACAUCGACGCCUUCUAUUCCAAUCUCGCGGCACUGAUCCCGCACUUCUCCAAGUGCCUAUCGAAUAUCCUCCAUGACCUGCGGAAGAUCGCCAACGCGGGCGAUCCCACGAGCUCGGGACAGUCGACGGAGCUGCCGACACGAUCGCGGGCCCGAGGCCGUCUCGCCGUAGCCCGCCUCCCUCCUCUCUCGUCACGACUUGAUGAGCGGGCUCGAAGCCUUCGACAACUACAAUUAUCGGAGAUCCCGGCGGCGCGGGCCCGUAUGGCCGCGACGGCUACGGAGGUUGUGGCGGCAAGGGCAGCCGUGAUGGAACGGACUGUGGUGCUGCUGGAGCGCGCGAAACACGGGGCGUUGGCGCGGGCUACGAAAGCGAAGGCCGAGCAUCUGGCUACAGUGGCGCAGGGCGUGGAAGGGAAACUUAGCGUCAUGAAAUUGGACAUUUCAGCAACGAUAUACACGCCCGAGACUGUCGCCGCGCUCGGUCGAUACCGUCAACACCUGCAGGAUACUCGAGAAGGGUUGGAAGAGCGCCAGGCACUCGCGCGGGAGGAGCUCAGGGCCUACGAGGAUGUGGAUUCGGAGGCCCCUGCGGCCAGAACGCGAAGUAAGGCGCAUUUGGGAUCGGGGCCGAUGAGGGAGAUUGCGCGUCGGUAUGGGACGUUGCUCGAUGAGAUCGAGGAGGUGAGGUCGGAGAUUCAGAGAUUGCGGCGGUAG